GUGAACGCCCCAACUUUGCGCGGGUACCGCAGCGGCGAUCGGACGUGCACUGGCAUGAAGGUGGGCGUCGCAAUCCAGAGCGUGGAGGGCGCGCCAAUCUCUCCCGGGGGCAACGGGAGAGCACGGCUACUCGCUGUCCACGUGGCGUGCGUGCCGUGGGCUGCGCACCACCCGAGCCGCGGAGAUUGCACCGUGGUGCAGGGCGUCUCGAAGGAUUCCAUGGCGUCGUCCUUGGACGAGGUCCGCCGCCGCAUGGCCCAGCUCAGCCGCGAGGAACAGUCCCGCAUCAAGUUCAAGGACGAAAUGCUCGUGAAGCUCGACGAGUGCGGCAUCGGGGCCGAGCGGGUCAGCUACACGAAGCCGUGGGAUAAGAACAAACCUGAAUGCCCUGGCUACCGUCUGCGCUGGAACCGUUGGCUCAUCAUGGUCGAGCGCGGGAACAGGGCCAACAUGUUCCUCAUCCAGCUCCCCUGGGAGACGAGCAUGGCGGGCGGCGGCGGCGUGCCCCUGAGCGGGGCCCAGUGCGACGAGGCCGUCAAGAAGCACCUCGGCCGCGGUGCGAUCGCCCUGACCGACGGCGCCGACUGCCACGAGGCCUUCGCUGCUGGGCAGCGGGGUCCGCCAAGCAAUGCCUUGGGGCACGGGCGGGACCGCCUCCGCGCCCACUACCGCAAGCUUCCCUUGUCGCACGGCGUCGUGGGCCACAAGAAGGAGGAGCGGGCGGUCGUGAAGGCCGCGCGCGUGCAGGACAGGAACGGCAACGUCCGCAUGGUCACGCUCAAGCACGGCACGGAGGCGGCGGACGGCAGCUGGGGCAAGGUCACGACGGCGCUCCCAUCCUCGAUCAAGAGCGCCGACCACGACCGCAUCGCCGAGUACGUCCACGCGUGGGCGGGCGAGCCAG